GUGCCUUAUCUGUAACAUGUGGGAUUCUCUCUUCCUUUUCUGUGUCUUUGCCUUCUCUCCUUCUUCUUCUUCUUCUUUUUUUCCUGCCUCCUCUUUGUUCUGCUAGAUUCAAACCUAAGAAGAGCGCUUCCAUCUUCACCGUCGCCUCACUAACACCGCUCCUUUCUCCGGCUUUUACUCUCCUUUUUCAAAGUCACCGUCAUUCCACUAAACACGUUCUUUUACUCGCCCAGACCAACCAGCAACCUCUCCUCUACGGUGACACGGAAGAAACAGUGGUGCCCUAAUUACAGUGUUAUUUUGUAUUGUUUUUUUUUUUGUUUGUUUUGUUUGUUUUUUUGUUUAAUGAUGCCUAAGUAUUGUUAUUAAUAAUUAAAUCAAAGAUCUUGAAUCACAAUGACAACAUGUAAAGAGUGUGUGUUUGUUUGACCAUUUACUUUAAUUUACUUUCUACAUUUUAACAAAUGUCCUGGAAAAGUAAUUCUAGUAGUAAAUCUGUUUUAAGACAGUAAUCUAAAGCAAAGAUUUUCCAGGUUUAUAAUAAAGUAACUACGUGUAUUUGAUACGUUUAACACACGCAAAAUGCCUUUUACAUUGGUAAAUGCCUGAGUUGGAGCUAUUAAUCAUGCUUUGUGAAUUAAUAUUGGUUAUUUCAUGAUUUUUUUUAAUGUUUAUUUGCUUCUUACGGGGCCCAUGAAGGGACACGGUGGUGAAUAAACGUUUCAAAUAAUGUUUCAUAAAGGAGACAUGACGAACGUGAAAAUACCUAAUUAAACCAUUACAUUUUCUAUAACCAAUCCUGAAAUCCACAACCCCCGGAAUUCAUUAUUUCCAAGUGAACUUAAAGAAAAAAAAUUGAGCCAAAAGUCGCUCAUAAUACCCUUGAGCCUGUGGUGACAGCUGCUGCUGCCGUUGGUGGGGCGGAGUGAUACAUAGAUUGGGCGGAGCCCCGCAUGGAUUGCCCUACACGUCGCGUCACUUCGCAUCCGGCUGAUGUGACGCCCAAUAGAGAGCGCAGGAAAGAAAACACAAAAAAAAAAUGCUUUGAGCCGCCAGCCGUGUACGCCAUCUUAAACAUAAGCGGGGCUUUAAAUCAGGACAAAACAAGGAAACGGUCACUGAAUGAGAGAAGGCGACACCGCGUCUGGAGUGUCCUGGAGGUUUAGUCUUCUUUUUUUUGAGGGAACCAGGGCGUGGCUUCCGCCUUAUUGUCAAACUCUGUAAAGUCGUGAGGAAAUCAGCGGGCCACUGGUUAGCCUGUAGCUAGCUAGCGAGGGGGAGGGGCCGGGGGGCUUGACGAUUUUUUUUUUUUCAUAGCAGCCGAAGUUGUUUGUUUAUAUUAUUUCAGUUGGAUAUGUCCUCGGUGAACGCAGAGUUACUGGACCCAAAUCCGGGUAUGGGACCAAGUGGGUCCCAAGCAGGUGGUGGAGCUGUUGUGCCGAAAGGGAACAAUAAGAGACGAGCUCCCCCAGACUUUGACGAUGAUGACGGAAACGGAAAGUUGUUCAGGUGUGAUGACGAAACAGGUGGCUCCAACGACAAAGAGCGAUUUGCCAGGUUUUUGGAAGAAGAUCAGAGUUAUGCAGAUAAGGAAAAGCUAGCCAGAGAGAACCACAGCGAGAUUGAGAGACGGAGGCGGAACAAGAUGACGGCCUACAUCACAGAGCUGUCAGACAUGGUGCCCACAUGCAGCGCUCUAGCACGAAAACCAGACAAACUAACCAUCCUGCGAAUGGCAGUUUCCCAUAUGAAGUCACUGAGAGGAAGUGGCAACACCAGCGCGGAUGGCUCGUACAAACCGUCCUUCCUCACCGACCAGGAGCUGAAGCACCUCGUCCUGGAGGCAGCCGAUGGCUUCCUGUUUGUGGUGUCAUGUGAGACCGGUCGCGUUGUUUUUGUCUCUGAUUCAGUCACGCCCGUCCUCAACCAAGCACAGUCCGAUUGGCUCGGCUCUUCACUUUACGAUCAGCUCCACCCAGACGACACAGAGAAGCUCAGGGAGCAGCUCUCCACAGCAGAGAAUAACAACACAGGGAGGAUGUUAGACUUGAAGACAGGAACAGUGAAGAAGGAAAACCAGCAGUCUACAGCCAGGAUGACCAUGGGGGCACGACGGUCGUUCAUUUGCAGAAUGAGGUGCGGCACUUCAGUUGAACCAAUGGCCUCAAACAGACUGAACUUCCUUAGAAACAGAAACAGGAAUGGCUUGGGAGUGGCUAAAGAAGGGGAGCCCCAGUAUGUAGUGGUCCACUGUACAGGAUACAUCAAGUCGUGGCCCCCUGCAGGACUAUCACUAACAGAGAAUGAAGUGGACAACACUCAGGGUAGUCGCUACUGUUUAGUUGCCAUUGGAAGAUUACAGGUGAGCUUUUGCCCAGGUGACCUGGAUAUGAACAGCGUCAGCGUUCCAGUAGAGUUCAUCUCGCGCCAUAAUACUCUCGGCGUGUUCACCUUUGUAGACCACCGAUGCAUGGCCACGGUGGGCUACCUGCCACAGGAUUUACUUGGAAAGAAUGUUCUGGAGUAUUCUCACCCAGAAGACCAAGGCUUACUUAGAGACAGCUUCCAACAGGUGGUGAAGCUGAAAGGUCAGGUUUUGUCCGUCAUGUUUCGGUUCCGGGCCAAAUCAAGAGAGUGGAUCUGGAUCAGGACCAGCUCCUUCACCUUCCAGAACCCGUACUCCGAGGAGAUAGAGUACAUUAUCUGCACCAACGUCAACGUCAAAAACUCCGCUCAGGAUACCCUUACUCCCAUCUCCUCCCCAGGGGGCUUGUUGCCCCCGUCCUUGGGCCAGAACAGCCCGAGCAGCCCUCCUGUAGUGCUCAGCCCAGGGCAGGUAGCCAUCAGGCAGUUCCAGCAGCAGCAACAGGCCGAGCUGGAGGGAGGUGGCGCCAGAGACCGACUGUAUGAAUCAGGACCGAUCACCCUCCCCCAGAUACCAAACCAGCCGGUGCAGCCCAUCACAGCUGCAGGUCCAGACCACAGUAAGACCAUGGAGAAGCAAGAACUCUACUCUUCUAUCUUCCAAGGCCCAGAUCAGACCAAGGUCAUGGCCACCACCUCUACACCCUCACCACAGGUUUAUCCUCAGGCCAGCAACUUCCCUGCAGCCAGAGCCGGUGAUGCCUACAGCAGGCCGGUCGGCAUGACUCCACAGAUGGCACAGCCAGCUCAGUCAGCAGGACAGAUGUUGGCGCCGAUGUCUCGGCAGAAUGGACCCCCACAGCCAGUUACUCCCUCCAGCACUGGCGGCCCCCUCCACGGAGGACCAGCAGGAGGAUGGCCAGGAAGUGCAGCAGGAAGCAGACUCCAGUUUAACAACCAGCAGGUGGCUCCACAGGCAGCUAAGACUAUGUCCCCACCUUUUGCUCCCAUGGGUGGAUAUGGAGGAGGCUCCUCUAACUCCUUCAACCAGAUGCCGACAGGGGCCGCUCCCACCACCAGCAGUAACGCUGACUACCCACAACUCAACGCUCGCGCCAACAUCAACCCCAGUGGUUACGAUGGCUCUCAAUCUGGGGCUCAGUUUCCAUCCAGAGCAGCAGAGGCCGUGUGGCCUCAGUGGCAGGGCCCGCAGCACUCACAGAGCGGUGCAGAGCAGCAUCCCCACGCACAGGGCAACCAGCAGGACAUGUUUCCUGAUGUGUUGUCGUUGCUGGACCAGCCCGCCAACUUUAACAGUGACGACUUUGAGAUUCCCAUCUACCCUCCCUUUAAUGAGUGACCGGGGGCAAAUCUUCUCCUGGUUUUUUUCCCACCCUUUUUAUCCUCUUAGCCCUUGCUCUUUUUUUUUUUUCUCGGUCUGUAUGCGUUUUCGUCCUCCUCCUCCUGAGAGUAGCGCUCUUUCCCCUGCUUUGCAUGGCUUCCACUCCACAGCCACAGGCCGACGGAAGACAGGAGGGAUCUCUGUGCCUGCAGACACAUUCAGAGGAGGAAACUCAAGGAUCUGCUACUGAUGCAUAAAAAAAAAAAAUUUUUUUUUUGUUUAGAAUAUUCCAGCCAUUGUAGAAGCCAGCACUGCCCAAAGCCCAGUAACACGCUGUAGAUAUGUGAUAUAAAUAUAUACAUAAACAUAUAUAAAGAGAUAUAUUGAGGCGCACAAUCACAAAAUUGAAUCAGCCGCACGGUGGUGACACACUUUGGCGUUCUGACUUGCACAGAAGGCGAUCACGCGCACAACGGCAACAGGGGUUUUAAUAUGAUGGCGUUCUCGACCAUCGAUUGGUGGACUCACCCCCCGCCCCGCCCCGCCCCCUCCCUCAUACCAUGUGGACUAGUGGCUCCCAUCGUGACAGAGUCUCUCAGGUAAUUCUAAUGGUGUAGAGCGCACACUACCACACGCUUUCACUCUUUACUGACGACACUCGUUGUGUCCUUUUGAGGAACACACACGCACGCACACGCGCACACACCUGUGAUCUGUAUGGAAUAUUGUACUAACAAUACAGUGUUGGAACGACUUCCUUAAAUUGGGUCUGAAUGGAAAUGUACUAUAUAUAUAUAUAUAUAUAUAUAUAUAUAAGUAUCUGUUAUUCUGUGCUUACACAUACAUAUAUACACGAUGAUGUGUGUGUAUAUGUGUGUGUGUGUGUGUGUGUUGGAUGUCUAUGUUGUUAUCAAAUGUACGUACAAUCACAGGGUUUUUUGACUUGCUCUUCUCUGCUAUGACCUGUACAUGGUAUGGGUGUUUUCUACUGCUUUUAUAAAAGACAUAUUUAUAGAAACAAAAAAACUCACACAGCAAUAAUUAACAAGCAGGAAACGAGUACCGUAUUUUCCAGACUAUACGUUGUAUCAAUGAAGAAGGAAAAAAACAAAAAAAACAAAUGCAGCGCGGUCGUUACGAAUUUAUUUUCGGUAACUUUAUUGGUAUUUGUAUCUAUUUUCACCAGAAUCCAAGAACUAUUUACAUUUACUCAAAGUCCUGAAGAAGAAAAA